AUGAAGGCAGUCGUACACCGCCUGUCGAAGCUGAAUCUGAAAACCUUCAGAGUCAGCUACUCGCCCACCUACACAAACUUCCUCCUCAACCACAUCGCAACACACCCGUCGCACCCGCUCUACAUUUCGCAAAGACGCAAGCAGCAGGAACACAAGAAGGAGGGGCUGUGGUGGCACGCGACAAACGGGAUUGACAUUUCGAAGUCAGGCUGUGUGAGGACAUGGGCGAGGCGGAGGCUGCGUCAGGCGUUUGUGGAGGAGCUGAAGGCUAAGGGGUACGAUGAGACGGGCAGGCUUGUGGAUGUGGAUGCUAUGCAAGAGAAGAGGGAUGUGACGAAUGUGGUGAGAUUGGGGAGGAGUGUUGAUUUGACUGGGAGUCUGAGGAUACACGGUGUAGGGCCACUAAUACCUGCAAAGUUCAACACCGUGAAGGAGGAAAUGCGCGGCAUUGUUGAGGCGUUGGUGCAAAGUUCGGUGGACACUGCG